AGGGAGGGAAAGACGGAAGGAGGUGGGAAGGGGAGGAGGCACAGCUCCACACACACUGCUGCACAUUUCCAGAGCAGGGCGACGCACGCGACAGGAGGGUUUCUCUGGAGCUCAAAACAAGCGGAGCAGGACUCGUCCCGCGCACACUUUGGUCAAUUAUUUCCAGGACGCGAUCAGCUCUUUCUUCUUGCAGUCGACAGCCUCCAAACGCUCAAAGGAUAUAACUUAUUCAGAGCAUACGAGCUCCUUCAACAUGGGUCCAGUCCCAGCGAUAUCUGUCCUGUUUUUGGGCAUCGUGGUUCCCUCCUUGGCCGCUUAUAUUGAGGCACUAGCAGCCAAUGCCGGCAUCGGGUUUGCUGUAGCCGAGCCACAGGUGGCCAUGUUCUGUGGAAAGCUCAACAUGCACAUCAACGUACAGACCGGCCGCUGGGAGCCAGACCCCUCUGGCACCAAAAGCUGUGUAGGAACCAAAGAAGGAGUGCUGCAGUACUGUCAGGAGAUGUAUCCUGAGCUCCAAAUCACUAAUGUGGUGGAAGCCAACCAGCCAAUCCACAUUGAGAACUGGUGCAAGAAGGAUAAGAAGGUGUGCAAAGGACAUGCCCAUAUCGUGGUGCCUUACAAAUGUUUAGUGGGUGAAUUUGUGAGCGAUGUACUUCUGGUUCCGGAGAAGUGCAGGUUUUUCCACAAAGAGCAUAUGGACAUGUGUGUGAGCCACCAGCAAUGGCAUGGCGUGGCGAAGGAGGCAUGUGUCAAGAGUUCUAUGGUGCUGCACAGUUAUGGCAUGCUGCUGCCUUGUGGCAUUGACAAGUUCCAUGGCACUGAAUAUGUCUGCUGUCCCGCCACACGGUCUGAGGAGGCAGCCCCUCCACCCCAGCCCACUCAGGAGGAGGACGCAGAUGAGGAAAUCGAGGAUGAGGAGGUUGAUCUGGUUGACCUAGAUGAAGACGAGGUGGCUGAGGAAACUGAGGCGCCUGCUGCCGAACUGCCCACACAGAAGGAGGAGUCAUUUCUGGGGGACGAUGAUGAUGACGAAGAGGAAGAAGUGUACUACGAUGCUUAUGAGGUGGAAGAUGCUGAGAAAGAAGACUCAGACAGGAAAGACAACAGCAUGACGCAAGAUGACGACAAGGUUCUGGAGGAGGUCAAAGCCGUGUGCACCUUGGAGGCAGAGACGGGUCCCUGCCGCGCCUCCAUGCCGCGCUGGCACUUCGACAUGAGUCGGAGGAAGUGUGUGCGCUUCACAUACGGGGGCUGUGCCGGCAACCGCAACAAUUUCGACUCAGAGGAGUACUGCAUGUCCGUGUGCAAGCGCCUCAUCCUACCCCCAACUCCUCAACCCACAGACGACGUGGACAUCUACUUUGAAACCCCAGCUGACGACAAGGAGCACAGCCGCUUCCAGAAAGCCAAGGAGCAGCUUGAAAUCAGGCACCGCAACCGCAUGGAGAGGGUCCGAAAGGAGUGGGAGGAGGCUGAUCGCCAGGCUAAAAACCUGCCUAAGGCCGAGAGGCAGACAUUGAUCCAGCACUUCCAGGCCAUGGUGGAGUCUCUGGAGGAGGAGGCCGCCAGUGAGAAGCAGCAGCUGGUGGAGACUCAUCUCGCUCGGGUAGAGGCCAUGCUCAACGACCGCAGACGUCUGGCCCUGGAGAACUACCUGGCCGCCCUGCAAGCCGACCCACCCAGGCCUCAUCGCAUCCUUCAGGCCCUGCGGCGUUAUGUCAGAGCUGAGAACAAGGACCGGCAGCACACCAUUCGUCACUACCAGCACGUUUUGGCUGUGGACCCCGAGAAGGCUGCUCAGAUGAAGUCACAGGUGAUGACCCACUUGCGUGUGAUUGAAGAGCGUAUGAACCAGAGCCUGUCUCUGCUCUACAAGGUCCCAUAUGUGGCAGAGGAGAUCCAAGAUGAAAUUGAUGAGUUACUACAGGAGCAGAAAGCCGACAUGGACCAGUUCCUUUCUUCAAUCUCAGAAUCCCAGCCAGACAUCACAGUAUCGUCCGAGGAGAGUGUGGAGGUCCCUGUAUCCGAGAUCAUCAAGCCUUACCGCCCUAUUCAGGUCCACACCCUUGGAUCCCGACCAGAGCCAGAGGGCUCAGCGAUGGACGGGCUUAUUGGUUCUGAGGAGAGGAUCAUCAACAGCAAGCCCAAAAUCAACAGCAAUGUGGUGAUUGAUGAGUCUCUGGAUGUUAAAGAAGUGCUUUACAGUGCAGAGAGAGUCAGCGUUAUGCAUGGUGACGAGCUGAUGGAGCCCUACAGGCCCUUGGGAGAAGACUUCAGCUUUGGGAGCAGUGCCCUUAUCGGCCUGUUGGUGAUCGCUGUGGCUAUAGCAACUGUGAUUGUGAUCAGCCUGGUGCUUUUGCGAAAGAGGCAAUAUGGCACCAUCAGCCAUGGCAUCGUAGAGGUUGAUCCUAUGUUAUCGCCAGAGGAGCGUCACCUCAACAAGAUGCAGAACCAUGGCUAUGAAAACCCCACCUACAAAUACCUGGAGCAAAUGCAGAUCUAACAGAGGCCACCGGGGGCACUGCUGCAUCAGAGGGGGAACACAUGCGUACUACUGACCAAGAACAUAUGUUGCUAAUGUUAAAAUAUGUUUGCAUAUAUCCAAACUCCAUUUUCUGGUUUCAAAACAAUCCCUAAAUAAUGCUACUACUUCUACUACUGCUACUGUUGUAUUAUAGAGCUUGUUUUGAUCAUGUAUUUUUAAACAGGUAAAAUGUGAUUCUGCAGAAUUUACAGUAAUAACCAGGAUGUAAAACAUUUAUUCAGGUGUUUUCUUCUAAAGUUGACAAGCGAAUCAAGAAAAAAAUGACUUGUUUUAAAUCACCAUCUUUGACCGCAAACCCAACUCCUCCAUCAAUUGUUAAUCAUACAGUUUUUGAUGGUUUUAUGGUUUUUACUCUCAAUAGACUGCUUGUAUAUGAAUGGUCUUUGUACCAACUUUACUGUAUAGCAAAACAUCAAAAGAGCAAAAUUGAAAUCAUUAUUUUUUUUGUUUAUUAUGACAGAUACAGUAUAAAUAUAUAUAAGAGUAGAUGUUUUUAAUCCACCUUUUUCCAGGGAAGGUUGUGAGUUGGUUAAAUAGUUUGAGUGACAAUUGCAGGCACGCUUUUGAGUGCACAUGCACAGGCUCCUAGCUCAAAAUGGGGGACACUGAACCAACUAAUGAAUGUUAAACUGGCCUAGUUACAUAUUUUGACACGUUUUAUCAGGAGAAUGACUACAUAUGAAGUAAAGCAUAUUGACUAGAAUGUGCCUGGAAUGUAUUAUGAAAGGGUAUAAAGAAAUGUCCCCCGUGUCCUGCUGUAAAAAGUGUGUCUGACUAAUAUACUAAAAACUGUAUUGUUGGCUUUACUGGUUCUAAAGCCCAAAGCUCUGUGAUGUUAUUUUGUAGCAUAAUUAGACCCAGUCAGUUGAGUGUGUCGUAAAAUUUGAGGUACCAGUAGUAGAUUUGGAUAAGAUCUCAAAUAGUUUGUGAAAGGGUCUUAUAGGUUGCUUUGGCUGGCCCUGGAUCACUGUGAGCUGGAGGGCUGUGCAGACAAAACACACACAGAACUGAGGGGCUUCAAGAGCUGGUUUCUGAAUAAAAAGCUAACUUGUGUAUUUUUACAGAUGGAGAAUGACACAAAUAAUGUCUACCCAAUGGCCCUCUUUAACUCUUAGUAUUGUCUUUGUAUGCUUGUAUAGUUGAUGUUGCAAUCAUGGCUUUUCCAGAGGACUUUCUGUGAUGUGCAUUGUUCUUAUAUGAAAUUCUAUAUAUUUUUAAGUUUUUUUUUUUUCUUGUUUUCUAUUUGUUCCUCUUCCUGUGACAGUAUCUCUGUAUGUGACUGUCUCACUAUGCACCCAAACAGCUUUGAUCUUGUAACUGCCUGCUUGAUUGUGGGAAGAGAACUAAUAUAAUAUACAUAUUAGUGAUUUUAAAAUAUUGAUUGUCACCAAUGGAAACAGAUUUAUGAAUACAAGGAGGAUACACGUCAAUAAACUUACAAGUUCCAAA